GUCAAUUUACACGACCGAUCAGGUCCCAUGACCCAUCGCUAAGUCUUCCCCUGUCACCCUUUCAGAUCUGAAAUUCCUUACCUCAGUCGGGCUCUUUAUCAAUUUUCACCGUGAGAACAUCAUAGCAUCUGUUGUAUUUUUCUGGGCGUUUGUUUUUAGGAUCUAAAAACUCGGUGCCUGUCUAGUUGAGAUGGUUUUGGCAGGUAUCCGAGAAAAUGGGGUUGGGGAGAUGGGAUUGGGUGGUGUGCCUUUGGGAGCGAAGAACAAGUAUAGAAGAAUGGAUUCUGAGUUGACUGAUUAUGAUGGCGAUGUUGAGCAACAUAAUCCGUUGGAGAAGAAGAUAAAUAGUACAAAGAAAUAUGUAAUUGCUUGUGCUGUUUUUGCCUCACUCAAUAAUGUCCUCCUUGGCUAUGAUGUUGGUGUCAUGAGUGGAGCAAUCAUAUUUAUUAAAGAAGAUUUAAAGAUAAGUGAGUUCCAAGAAGAGUUCCUUGUUGGUGUUUUGAGUGUGAUUUCUCUAUUUGGUAGUUUAUUUGGUGGAAGAGCAUCAGAUGUUAUUGGUAGAAAAUGGACAAUGGGAUUAGCCGCCAUUAUCUUUCAAGCAGGUGCAGCUGUGAUGACUCUUGCUCCGACAUUUCGAGUGCUAAUGAUCGGAAGAAUCUUGGCCGGUGUUGGAAUUGGUCUCGGAGUCAUGAUUGCACCGGUAUACAUAGCUGAGAUAUCACCAACAGUUUCCAGAGGCAAAUUGACAUCAUUUCCUGAAAUUUUCAUAAAUGCUGGGAUCCUACUUGGGUAUGUCUCUAAUUAUGCAUUUUCCAGCCUUCCAGCCCAUACAAACUGGAGAAUAAUGCUUGCAGUGGGAAUUCUGCCUUCAGUCUUUAUUGCAUUUGCCUUGUGCAUAAUCCCUGAAUCUCCUAGGUGGUUAGUUGUGAAGAACCGAAUAGAAGAAGCAAAAUCAGUACUGUCAAAAACAAAUGAUGAUGAGUCUGAAGUCGAGGAGCGACUUGCAGAAAUACAAUUAGCUGUUGGGGCGAGCAAUGGUGAGAAAGCUGUAUGGCGUGAACUGUUGAGUCCUUCUCCAGCACUUCUAAGAAUGCUUAUUGCUGGUUUUGGGAUACAGUGCUUUCAACAAAUUACGGGUAUUGAUGCAACUGUUUAUUACAGUCCCGAGAUUUUUAGAGCAGCUGGCCUUGACGGUAAUUCAAAGCUUCUUGCUGCCACUGUUUCAGUGGGAAUCACGAAGACCGUGUUUAUACUAGUUGCUAUUAUACUUAUUGACAAAGCUGGAAGAAAGCCGUUGCUCUAUGUUAGCACCAUUGGCAUGACAAUCUGCUUGUUUGGCGUGGGCGUCACACUAUCCCUACUAAAUGAAGGAUCUGUAGGAACUGCUUUAGCAAUAUUGUUAGUUUGUGGAAAUGUAGCUUUCUUUUCUGUGGGAAUUGGUCCUGUUUGCUGGGUUGUGACAUCUGAAAUCUUCCCUUUAAAGGUUCGUGCUCAGGCAUCCGCACUCGGGUCAGUGGGCAAUAGAGUAUGCAGUGGCUUAAUAGCCAUGUCUUUCCUCUCUGUUUCCCGUGCAAUCACAAUGGGCGGAACAUUUUUUAUCUUUUCAGCUAUUUCAGCACUUGCUGUUGUCUUUGUUUACAAAUUUGUUCCAGAAACAAAAGGUAAAUCCCUAGAGCAGAUUGAAUUGUUAUUUCAAAAUGAAUAUGAGCUGCCAAGAGAUGAACUUCAGCUCGGAGAUGUUGAACAUUUGGUGCCCGAGAAGUAACUUAUGUCAUAGUGCUAUUCCACGAUGCAGUUGAGAAUUGUUUCGUCUUAGGUUUUACUACGCACAUGACAUAUUUUAGAGAAACUUUUCUCCAGCAUACGAAAAUCUGCAAUGGGCGGUUCAUCUUCUAGUAUUAGGUGAAAAAUCUACUUGCACACUGAACAGACUUAGGUCCUGAUUUGAAAACAAUUUGAGUAUCUAUAUAUUUGUUGAGCUCGUGUUAAAAUAGUAUACGGGAAAAUAGAUUGAUUUAUAUUUACUUGUUGGAUAAAUAAAAAGAUUAUAUUCAUUUACUGCUA